AUGGGUGAUAAGGGUGAUAAUUUGGUUAGGAUUUUGAAUAAAGGUAAAGGGGUGUUUGGUGAAAAGAGGGACUCUCAUGGGGGAUCUAUGAAUGACCAACUGGAUGAUUGGGUAGGGGGUCAAAUUUUGCCCAAGGAUAAGGGUGUGUAUAUAUUUGGUCAUCAACUACCAAAUAUUGCAAAUGAGAAUGAUAAGCGAGUAGAGGAGAUGGUGCCUGAUGUGGAUAAUGUCUCUCUGGCCUCUGCUAUGACAGAUGGGUGCUAUCCUAUGGAAGGGAUGAACCUUUCUGAAGGUCAAGUUCACACAGAGGGUGAGACAGAUGCUAAUCAUACCUCUAAGUCAGCUGGAGGUAUGACCGUUGCUCUUGAUUUGUGGGUUAAUUCACCUUCAUCAUAUCUUCUUUUUGUCUGUGAGCCUGGGAUUAGUGGGAGCAAGGAUCUUAAAGUAAUCAAAUUCUUAGGGUUUUCUGGUUUUGAGGUGUUGGAUCCUAUUGGUUUUUCUGGUGGUAUCCCUUGUUAUGCGAAAAGAGAAAAGUUGUGGGAAUACUUGGAUUUUAUGGCUAGCUGUUAUAAGAUGCUUUGGCUCCUGGCUGGUGAUUUUAAUGAAAUGCUCAAUGUAGAUGAUAAGUUGAAGCAUGAGCAAUUUCAAAAUUUUGUGAUUCCAAAGUGGGAACAAGGGGUUGGGUCGGCUUUGCAUAAAUCAUGGGGGUUGGUGGAACCUCUUAAGCAGUGGAAUUUGACUGUUUUUGGUCAUUUAAAUCAAAGAAAAGUGAAGCGUCUAGCUCGGCUUAAUGGUAUUCAGAGGGUGUUGUAUCACAUGCCUAUUAGGGUAAAAUGGCUUCAAGAAGGUGACCGUAAUACUAAGUUCUUUCACCUAACCACCAUUGUUAGAAGAAGAAGAAUAAGAAUUGAAAAGCUAAAAAAUGACAAUGAUAUGUGGGUAGAGGAGGCUGAGGGUUUAAAAGAGCUUGCUGUGAAUUAUUUUUUUGGCCUCUUCGCUAUGACUCUUAGGGAUCACAGUGGUCUUUCCAUGCCUAAUCUGUUUCCCAGUAUCAAUGAUGUUGAUUUGAAUGGUUUGGUGGUUCGUGUUGAUAUCAGUGAAGUCAAGAAAAGUCUCUUCAAUCUAGGUGGUCUCAAAGCCCCUGGAGUGGAUGAGUUUCCUACAUGUUUCUACCAAAAUCAGUGGAAUAUGUGUGGUAAUGAUAUUUACGAUAUGGUUGUUCAAGCUUUUAGGGAGCGUCACAUUGUCAAAGGUCUGCAUGCUAGCUUGAUUCAGUUGAUCAUGGAGUGUGUUUCUUCUGUCACCUAUCAAGUUUGUGUUAAUGGGGAGCUCACCUCAACUUUUACUCCUAGCAAUGGUAUUAGACAGGGUGAUCCACUCUAA